AUGAUGCCAAGCGCCAUGGGCCCCAAAGUGCUGCAACGCGGCGCUCCACAGGAGACCCCGCAGGCCGUUGUUCCCGGAACUCAGUGGCAUCCUUUCCUGUUGCUGCAGCAAGCAGCAGCACCACAGACAACCGCAGGAGAGCGCGCUGCUACAGCUCGCAGCACACCGACAGAAGCGCCUCCUAAACGCCCCCGUUGCCCUUCCCGGGUCAAGCAGCAGCCAGCAGCAGCAAACAACCACAAGCAACAAGUUCCAUGCAACACUGUCUAUGGCGGCAGGUCAAUGGCCUGGCUGCUCUGCGCAACUGCUGCUGCUGCUAGCAUCGUCUUGGGCAGCAGGAGAGAUAGGCAGCAGCAGCACAAGAAGCAGCGGCGAGUCCGCACACAGCAGCAGCAGGAGCAACCGCAGCAGCCAAAAGACAGGAGGAUAGAAGCCACACUCCAUAACGCGCAAACAAACUCCUGUGGGCAGCAGCAGCUCGAACGGCGGAAGCAGCAGCAGCAAUACCAGCAACAGCAGUAG